AUGAAUGAUUUGGUGAAACUGUUGGUGGCGUUUGUGGUGUUGGUUGUGAUCCAAGUGUCCAAACAAGAGGACGAGUCGACACUCAUUGCAUCGGAUUGUAUGCGAUGUCAGGCAAUGGAGAGACAGUGCGCGGCAGUACUGGUGGACAAGCGG